UUUGAAAACAGAUGAGAUCUGGGUUCCGGUUGAAACAUCCUUCAGAAUGAGCAAGCAAAACAGUACGGGUUUUAGGAGCAUACUCAAAAAUAUUUACAAACGAGAAAUGCGAGGGAACAGGAAGCAGAGCUAUGACAUGGAGGAUACAGAAUCGCAAAAGCUGGAAAAGAAACCUAGUGCUGAGCGCAAAGAGGAUCGCAAGGAGCGUAGGAAGGAGCAGGAAAUGGAACGCAAACGGGAAGUGGAACGGCGAAAGGAACUCGCUCGGGAGAAGGAGCAGGAAAAGCAGCUGGAGAAGCAGAAUCAGCAGAAGUGGCACAAGGAACUGGAGAAGGAGCGUCAGCGCGAGAAGGAAUUGCAGCGAGAUCAACGGAGGCAGGAGCCCACGUCCACGUCCACGUCCACUUCCUCCAGAAGGGUAAAUGCCGAAGUCACCAAGUUCGACGAGGAAUUCGAGCGGGACCUUGAGAAGUUGGAGCGCAGCAUUUGCCAGCUGGAUUUCCGCUCCAAAACCAUGGCCACCAUGUGGAUGGACAAGCUGCGCCAACCACCUCAAAGUGCAGCCGAAACCAGGUCUAGGAACGUAAUAGCAGCCCACCUGCUCAAGUGCAGUGGCGAUAGUAUAUUCAAGAAGGAGCCCUUCAACCAUCCACCGCCACCACAGAACUUGACCACCAUACGGGAAAAGAUGUUCUUAACACGCGAUAGUACGUGCCACGGAAUGCCCAUAUCCAAGCAGAAGGAACCCAGCGCCAAUCUAACCCAAUUGUUUAGCGAUUCAUACGAUGGCGGCGAGUUCCUCAGCCAGCUUCCUGUGCCACGUGAUGGGGCAUUCUUUAUCUAUCACAUGCAACCAAAUUUUUAAAAGUGAACUGGGUUUUUAGGAGGCAAGCCAGCUAAAUUCAAUUUGUAUUUUUUAUACCAAAUGUAGGUCUACAUUGAUACUCUAAUAGCAAAUAAAGCAAGCUCGAAAGGUU